GCGGAUCGGAGCCCAGCAGGAAGCCCAUGGCCACGCAGAGCCCCUUGGACAGCCUGCAGAGCGAAGCCUCCUGCUCCAUCUGCCUGGGUUACUUCCAGGAUCCCGUCUCCAUCCCCUGCGGCCACAACUUCUGCCGGGAGUGCAUCGCCCGCUGCUGGGAAGGGCUGGAGGGAAAUUUCCCCUGUCCGCAGUGCAGGAAAACGGCGUUGCACAAAAAUUUCCGCCCCAGCAGAGAGCUGGCAAAUAUCGCCAGCAUCGCCCGGCAGCUGAGUUUGCAUUCCUCGGGUUGGUGCAAGCAGCACCGCGAGGCUCUGAAGCUCUUCUGCACAGAGGACCAAGAGCCCAUCUGCGCGCAGUGCGACGCGUCCCAGGCGCACCGCUCCCACGCUGUGCUCCCUGCCCACCAGGCGGCCCAGGAGUACAAGGAAGAAAUUCAGGCUCGCCUCCAGGCUUCAAAGGAGGAGAGGGAAAAGUACCUGGAAAGCAGAAGGACUGGUGGAAGGACGGGCUUGUAUUUGGAGAAAACCAAGAAGGAAGGGAAGAGGAUAGUGUGUGAAUUCGAGCAGUUGCAGCGAUUUCUGAAGGAGAAGGAGCGCUUCCUGCUGGUCCAGCUGGCAGACCUGGACAGAGCCGUCACCAAAGUGCAGGAGGAUGCGGUGACGAAGGUGAUGGAGGAGAUGUCCCACCUUGACACCCUGAUCUGGGAGAUGGAGGGCAAAUUCCAGCAGCCUGACAGCAAAUUCCUGCUGGACAUCAGGAGGCUCUUGAAUAGCUGUGAGAUGAUGAAGUUCAGUCCUCCGACAGAGAUUUCCCCCACUCUGGAAAGAAGGUUGGAGGACUUCCUUCAGAAGAACGUCCUGGUGAGACUGACGCUGCAGAAGUGCCAAGACAGCCUGAUGUUUCAAUUGCAAGAGCCAGCCAACGUCACCAUGGACCCCACCACCGCUCACCCCAACCUCCAUCUCUCUGAAGAUCAAAAACAAGCCCGGGGCCAACUGGUGCCACAGGACUUCCCCGAGAACCCCGAGAGGUUCAGCUUCGAGCCCUGCGUGUUGGGCUGCCAGGGCUUCACCUCGGGGAGGCAUUUCUGGGAGGUGGAGGUGGGACAGGGGGGGGUGUGGGCCCUGGGGGUGGCCCGGGCUUCGAUGAAGAGGAAGGGACCCAUGAGCUUCAGCCCCAAAGAGGGUGUCUGGGCGCUGGAGGCCUACCACUCCCUCACGUCCCCCCGUGCCAACCUACGUCUGAAUGCACUUCCCAGGAGGAUUCGGGUCUCCCUGGACUACGAAGGGGGUCGGGUGGCAUUUUUCAGCUCGGAUGAUGACACCCCCAUCUUGGUGUACACCAGGGCUUUGUUCAAUGGGGAGAAGGUCCUCCCCUUGUUCAAGAUAGGGCUGGGGGCUCGCUUGCAAGAGAUCACCCAAAAUCCCCCCUCAGAGGAGCAGUCCACGAGUGGGCAGCUGAUGUCCCAUUUGGAUUGGGUUGGGUUUAGAUCUCCCCUAAAGAUCUGUCCUUGAGAUGUCCUUUAUGAAAGGGGCAUCUGAUGGGAUGUGUGCUGUGGUUGCUUGGAGCAAUGUGCCAAGGGGACCCGCUGCUCUGCCCUGUGUCUGUCCCCAUUGGGAGCCCCGGGGCGGUCCCUCUGCAGGGUGGGGAAACCACCAGAGAGCACUGAAGACUUGGAAGGAAAUUUAUGCAUCUAUUUGACAUUAAUCGUGGGGCAGAUCUGGGGUGUCCUGCAAAGGGAUGCAGCCUUUCACUGCAAAUAGCAACGCCUGGUGUGGGGAGCUGGUCUCUGCCUACGUUUCUGAUAGUUAAUUUUAAUUAAAAGAUGUGCUCUGCACACUCCA